CAGCCAGACACUUUGCCUCUGGGCAUGUGGGAAGGAACUGAAGGAGGAGGGAAAACAUCGCGCUAGGGCUAGAUGGAGGAGCUCCUGCGGCUGCUUCUGAGUGAGGAUCUGGAGAGCCGGAGCGGUCUGCUCCCGUUCUUCCCUUCAGGAGGCCAUUCCUCCAUUUUUAAACCCAAAUAAAGAGGGGGCGCUGGGCUGAGCCGGUAUAAGUCACUCGUCGCAGACCUCGAUCCGGCCUCUGGCUAAGGCCGGAGAGGUGGCCUUAGGGGACGCUGAAGUUACACUGUGGCGGGAGGGGAAGGGUCUCUAAGCUCCUCUCCAAUCACGGUGGCUGCUGAAGCUAUUUGCAUGUAUUAUGCUAAUAGGGACCUCCCGCUCCGCUCCCACCCGCGCUCCCGCCCUCUCGUGGGUCCAGGCGGGCUGGGCGAAGGUGAAUACAUUAUGCUAAUAAGGAGGCUCCUGCGGGAGGGGGCGGGCCGUGCUGGAGGCGCGCGCGCACGGUCUCACCCGCGAGCAUCCCGGGGUAUUUAAGGCUCGCACACGGGAGGCUGCGGAGCUACUUCUGGGGCCUCGCGGCUCGCGAUCGCUGCUUGGGUCACUUGGUUCUCCUCUCUCCUCUAUCCCUCUGGCCACCCCUCGGGGGCCGCGCUCUCGGCGCGUCUCUCUGCAUUUCUUUUUCUUUUUGGCCUUGAACUGAUCCAGGUGGGAGACAGGUCGGCGUGUGAAAAGCCCCGGAAUAGGUAGAGCUAGGCAGACAGACGCAACAGGUCGGAGCGGGGAGAGGGGCCGGCGGACCCUGCGCCUCCGCGCGGGGGACCACUAAGGAGGUGUCGGAUCUUGAGGGGUCAGAAGAGCUGCCCUGGUGGGCAUUUCAUUUCAGCUGUGACCCCCGGCGCCACACAGCCCCCCGGCCAGAGGGGGCUUUUCACUCUCAGCAGGAAAGGGAGAAAGAAUCAGGAGGAUGGUCCACGCUUGCUGAUCCGGACGCCGAGCCAAGCUCAGGUCCACCUCUGAGCGGGGGCUCCGACUCCACCAACUAGUUGUGCAGCCGCAGGGACUGAACUUUGGAGGCACCGGCCCUUCCUCUCCUAAGAUAACUGGAGGAGAUAGAGGGGCUGAAGGCGUAAGGGAGGCCGGCGACCCCAACACGAUGUUGGUGAAGAAGCUUGCAGAAGGGAAAGGAGGGGGACGAGAGCCUGGAUCAGAAGAUCCGCGCCCCUUGGGACAGCGUUGUGCCGGCACCAUGGCCUCGUGCGCGGCCCUGGCGACCCUGCUGUCAGUGGUGGCCGUGGUUUUUUGUUUGUAUCUGGGGGUGAAAACCAACGACCUCCAGGCGAGGAUUGCUGCUCUUGAAUCUGCUAAAGGGACCCCUUCCUUUCGUCCGCUGCCUGACACCCUCGAUGAGCUGAAGGCUAUGGUUCAGGAGAAAGUGGAGCGUCUCUUGGCACAGAAAUCCUAUGAACAUAUGGCUAAAAUAAGAAUCGCAAGAGAGGCACCUUCAGAGUGCAACUGCCCAGCAGGUCCUCCGGGGAAGCGAGGGAAGAGGGGCCGAAGAGGAGAGUCUGGUCCUCCUGGUCAGCCUGGCCCCCAGGGCCCCCCUGGUCCAAAAGGUGAUAAGGGAGAACAAGGUGAUCAGGGGCCUCGGAUGGUGUUUCCUAAAAUCAAUCAUGGCUUUCUCUCUGCUGAUCAGCAGCUCAUUAAACGCCGGCUGAUUAAGGGUGACCAAGGACAGGCAGGGCCUCCAGGACCCCCAGGCCCUCCUGGUCCAAGAGGCCCACCAGGGGACACAGGGAAGGACGGCCCCCGAGGAAUGCCAGGAGUACCCGGUGAACCAGGGAAACCAGGAGAACAAGGCUUGAUGGGACCUCUGGGGCCUCCAGGACAAAAGGGUUCCAUCGGAGCACCUGGGACCCCAGGCACAAAUGGGCAAAAGGGUGAGCCUGGAUCACCUGGAGCAGCAGGGCAAAGUGGACUCCCAGGACCAAAGGGGGAGCCUGGAAAAGAAGGAGAAAAGGGAGAUGCUGGAGAAAAUGGCCCCAAAGGUGACGCGGGUGAAAAGGGUGACCCUGGAUCAUCUGCUGCAGGAAUUAAGGGAGAACCUGGAGAAUCUGGUCGUCCAGGACAAAAGGGUGAGCCAGGGCUGCCUGGACUGCCUGGACUCCCGGGGAUCAAGGGAGAACCAGGCUUCAUUGGUCCCCAAGGAGAACCCGGCUUACCAGGGUUACCAGGAACAAAAGGUGAACGUGGAGAGGUGGGGCCUCCUGGGAGAGGUGAACGAGGGGAUCCUGGAGCCCCAGGCCCAAAGGGGAAACAAGGUGAAUCAGGAGCUAGAGGCCCAAAGGGGUCAAAGGGUGAUCAUGGAGACAAAGGAGACUCUGGAGCUCUGGGACCACGGGGUCCACCUGGGCAAAAGGGAGAUCCAGGAGCUACUGAGAUCAUAGACUACAAUGGCAACCUCCACGAGGCCUUACAGAGGAUCACCACCUUAACUGUCACGGGCCCCCCUGGACCUCCUGGACCUCAAGGACUACAAGGGCCAAAGGGCGAGCAAGGAUCUCCAGGAAUUCCCGGAGUUGAUGGAGAACAGGGACUCAAAGGCUCAAAGGGAGAUGUGGGGGACCCAGGUAUGCCAGGUGAAAAAGGAGGAAUCGGCCUUCCUGGACUCCCGGGUGCCAAUGGAGUGAAAGGAGAGAAAGGAGACUCUGGGUUGCCAGGUCCUCAGGGUCCUUCUAUCAUAGGCCCUCCAGGUCCUCCAGGUCCCCAUGGCCCGCCUGGCCCCAUGGGACCCCAUGGACUUCCUGGACCAAAGGGUGAACCAGGGUUAAAUGGUGUUAAAGGAUUGAAGGGUGAACCAGGCCAAAAGGGUGACAGAGGACCCCUUGGUCUUCCAGGAGCAUCUGGCUUAGACGGGAAGCCAGGAUCCCGGGGUGCAGAUGGUCCUAUGGGACCCCAUGGCCCUGCAGGUCCCAAAGGAGAAAGAGGAGAAAAAGGAGCUGUGGGAGAGCCUGGACCUAGAGGGCCGUAUGGGCUGCCUGGCAAAGAUGGAGAGCCUGGUCUUGAUGGCUUCCCUGGUCCUCGAGGCGAGAAGGGUGACCUGGGAGAAAAGGGAGAAAAGGGAUUCCGUGGCGUUAAGGGGGAAAAGGGGGAGCCAGGCCAGCCUGGCCUGGAUGGGCUGGAUGCCCCUUGCCAAUUGGGACCUGAUGGAUUACCCAUGCCUGGCUGCUGGCAAAAGUGAUGAAUCUAACCUCCCAAGCAUGAAGUUGUGUAUAUAAUGGUCCACCUUUUAUAUUUAUAGUUGAAAAACUGAGUUGCAGAUUUUGCAAGUGUGGAAUCUGCUCACCUGGCACUGCUCCUCCCUGUUCACAGUAGUGCAGACGUCCAUCUUUUCUCACAUCUGAGGUUAGGCAGUUUACGGAAGGAAAUAUAGAUCAGUGUCUCUAUUUUAUGUGAACAUGUGUAUUUAUAUGGACAUCAGUGAUAAAGGAACGAUUGCUCUCGCUAUUUUCUUAUUUGGGGCCUGUUAAUUGCAUGGACAAAAAGUGCCAUGAAAUAGUUUACAUGAAACUGUGACCAAAUACGGACUCAAAGCGACGAAAGUGAUGAACAUGUAGCGCACAUUCCUAGUAGCAUUCAUUCAUUCAUUCAUUCACGCGCACACCACCUACUGAAACUGACUAAAAACAGCAUGCCCAUGUGCCAGCCCUGCUUGUGUAAAUGCAGAUGCUUGCAUGCUGCCUCCCGAGUUCUUUGACGACAUCUGAGCCUUUGUCCUUUUGUCAUCCCAAGGGGGUUACACCGUGGCUAAUCGCCAAAAAGAGAUAAGUUGAUGGAGAGCACCCACACAGUUGGUCUUAUAUUUUGAGGGAGUUGCAGUCCCGACUGCAGAUCCACAGCUCCUAAUAAUGCGGGCUGCUAUGACCGCCUUGGUUGAAAUACCAAAGGGUGGAGCCCGUCACUGUGGCUAGUUUUCCUUGGGCUGCGCUUGGCAGUGAAGACACCGGAAGAGGAGCAGUUCUGCAUCCUGCACUGUCUUUCCUGUGACCAAGUUGGAAGGAGGUUUAUAUCCAUGAACACCCAGAACAGCAGAAAUUGUUUUUCUAGAUGAACUGACUUCCCACAGGUUGAUCCGGGUGCUUUGGGGAAAUGUCAGAGGUAAUGCGGCAGUGUUCUGGAGACAGCGGAGCCUUGGAAUGGAAGCCCCCAUGUGUGCAGAUUGAAAGGUGCAGACAUGCCAUCAGAGCUCAGGUUGCUGAAGAGAGACGUGUCCCAAAAAGGGAUCAGACAGAAUAAGCUGUGUGCUCACUCUACCGGAGGUGGCCAGAAAGCGUCCCUCUCUCCCUCCCUUCUGGGCUUGACCCAUACCAGAUGUUUUGCUAUAAGUUCUAGAAACAAGAUGUAGUUUCCCUUCUUUCUCAUACUUUUUUUUUUUAUUUUCCUAGUCCAGGAACAGAAAAUAAUUGCUUCAGUUUGGGUCUCAUAGUUUUUAAAGAACAUUUUUUAAGAAAAGUUUUCAAAUCAUUGUAAUUUGAAUCCAAUAGUAACCUUUUAACAUCUCCUUUUUGUUUGUUUGAGAUAAUUGAGGAGAUUAUAGGAAGGCUUCAUUUUUUACUUAAUCAUUAUAAAGUAUGAAGAUGAAGCAUUUUUUCACUACUUUUUGAUUUACAUUGACAAAAUUUAUCUGUCAGUUAUUGUAGAGUCAGGAUUUUAUCACAUUUAAUAGCAUGAACUUGCUUCUUGUAAGUUUUUUUCUAUAUUGAAGUUUAUUUCUCAAGUUUUGUUUUUACAUUUCUAAGUGUGUGUCUCAUACACAGACCAAAUCUGAGAUCUCAGAAAGCCCUGAAAUAUAGUUGCCAAAAAAGGGUCUUGUUUUUACCAACUUGCUCAAAACCUACCUACACAGACUUAGACUUUUUCUUUGCCGAGUUGGUGGCAUGUUUUGAAAUGAUUUAUUCUAAGUGGAAGGGUUGCCUGGGAAAAGCACCAUCCAUCUGUGGGAGUAGUGAUCCUGGUAGCUCCUUAGAGAAUUUCAUUUCCCUCGGUGAUUAAAUGUCAUUUUUGUGGGAACAUUUCUAGUUUGGUGUUUGGGUUUUCACCACCACCACAGCAAAAAUUAGUUCAUGCUUAGGAUUACAACAAUGAAGAUACAAUUUCAAAACAGAUCUUAAGAUGUCUUUCAUAUCAUAGAAGCAAAUGCUCAAUCAUUCAAAAUGAUGUCAUCAUUUUUCUUUAUGUCAUUUCUGAGGUUAGAAUUUAAAGGUUAAAUCAGACUAUCUAGUAACAUUUCUAAUAACAUUCCACACUCCUAAGCCAAUUUAGUUUUUUGUUGUUGUUGUUGUUGUUGUUUGUUUGUUUGUUUU